UUACUUUGAAAGACUAGAUUAUAUAAAACGUUCAUAUAUAACGAAAUUUACUUAUUUAACUAAAUACUUACAAUUAUAUUAUUUUGAGCUUCAAUAUUUGGUCAACUAUUCAGAACUAUCACUUUGGAAACAAUUAUGUAUUUACGAUUACAAUUAAUCCUGUUUAUUGGAAUUAUAUUUUCAACAACAGAAAUAAUCGAAGGAAUAAUAGAUCCAACAUCAGGAAUAAUCAAAUUAAGUCAUAUAUUUAACACUUUGUCAUUAAAAAAUUUACCAAGAUCGCUCGAUAUAAUUCAUAAUUGUAUUGCUAACUCAAACUUAAAUCCAACAAUUGAAAUUAAAAAAGAAAAAAUCAAUCCAUUUUUAACUAAAUUGAGAGGUGAUAUCGUUUCUAGUAAAAUUAAUCCAAAUACAAUAAGUACCAGUAUAUUUGAAUUUUUAAAAUUAGAUGAAAAAUAUAUAACAGAAGAGUUUAAUGAGUGUUGUAUUGAUUUCCAUUUAAAUUUGUUUACAGUAGAAGAGUCCAAAUUAAAUAAUACUACGGAGAGUUUGACAAAAAUGGUAGAUUUACGAUUUACAGAAGCAUUUAAAAUUAUGUAUGGUUGUUUAAAAGAGUAUAAAAGUUUAGAUAAUGCAGUUAAAAAACGCUAUGGGAUAAGAAGACAAAGUAAAAACAAUCAAAAAUCAAAAAUUGAAAGAGUACACAAAUUAAAACAACAUACUAUCGAUGUUAUGUCUCCUAAUAAAAAUUACACUUCACAGUAUAUUGUUAAUUCAUUAGAAGAGCACAUUCAUGGAAAACAUAAUCACACAAAUCUUUUCGCAAAGCCUUGUACUGCUGCUUAUUACAGCUAUUUGGUGUUUAAUGAUUAUGCUAUGAGAUAGAUCUUGGGAACUACCUGAAGAGUUCAAGGUCGUAUCUGAGGUGGCAUCUAAGAUAUCCGAACUCCCCACAUCCAAUUUUUUCAAUGUCUUAGAAUUUUUUUUAAAUU